AUGGCGACUUCUCAUCUUAAGCUUUUUCUCGUCUUCUUUCUCUUUACUGCUACAUUCAUCGUCACCCAGCAAAACGACGACGAAGACGCACUGCCUCAACUUGCUCUAGACCCUUCGGAGCAGGAAGCGGUUUACCGAGUUCUUAACUCGGUCAACUCAGCGAUCUCAUGGCGAACCAUCUUCCCCGACGACCUCUGCGCCUCGCCACCAGACGGCGUCGUAUGCGAUUUCUCAUACGCUUCUCCCAACGGCGUCGCGACGUCUGUCCACGUCACCGAGUUCCACUUGGGAUACCUCUCCGACUACACGCAAAACCCUCCCUGCGCUUCAAACUCUACGCUCGAUCCUCUCCUUUUCACUUCUUUCAAACACCUUCGCAAGCUCUUCUUCUACAAAUGCUUCACCGGAAGUCGUGUCUCGUUGCCGGAAACCAUCCCGGAGGAUUUCGGCUCGGUUCUCGAAGAGCUUGUCUUCAUCGAAAACCCUUCUCUCGUCGGCAAAGUCAGUGUUUUGAUCGGUAAUUUCACCAAACUGAGGAGAUUGGUUCUCACCGGAAACGGGUUUCACGGAUCGAUUCCGGGUCGGAUCUCCGAUUUGGUCAGUCUACAAGAGAUUACGCUCUCUAGAAACAGCUUGAGCGGCGGUUUUCCAACGACCGCGACGUCUCGACUGAGGAAUCUGAAAGUUCUAGACUUUAGCCAUAAUUUCCUUGACGGAAACGCCCCUGAUUCCAUCGGCGAUUUGACAGAGCUUCUCAAGCUCGAUCUCAGCUACAAUGAGUUCUCCGGUGAGAUCCCCUCCGGCGUUGGGAAACUGAAAAAGCUCGAGUUUUUGGAUUUGAGUUACAACCGUUUCGGGAACUACGGCGUUCCUCUGUUUCUUUCGGAGAUGCCCAGAUUGAGAGAGGUUUAUCUGAGCGGGAAUCAGCUCGGAGGGCGUAUACCGGAGAUUUGGAAGAAUCUCGAGGGUAUUUCCGGAAUUGGGUUCUCGAGAAUGGGUCUACAAGGGAAUAUUCCGGCUUCAAUGGUGUCGAGUUCCAAAAACCUCUGGUAUCUUGCGCUAGACAACAACAAUCUCGACGGUGAAAUCCCCGAGGAGUUCGAGCUUCUUGGCUUUGCUAGCGAAAUCAACCUCGAGAACAACAAUCUCACCGGAAAGACUCCUUUCUCCGACUGUUUCAAGGAUAGGAUCGGGAAAAAGCUCAAAUUGAGCGGGAACCCAAAUCUUCUUUUCGCCAAAACUUCGGAUCCUCCUCUUGCCGGACCUGCUCUCUCUUCGUCGGCGGCGAGAAUUUUCGCGUCAGUUUGCCUCCCAGCGGUUUUAUGGUUCUUUUCAUUUUGA